AUGGAGGAGAACUCGCCUGCCGUUGGUGACCCAGCUCAUGUUAUUACGUCUGUCGACCAUCUCGAGAGGACAGGAGAAGUUUUCACAGUGACCCUUGCGGCAGAAGACGGCUAUAGAACCCGACUCAGCUUUCCGGCAGGAAUAUGCAAGAUCCUGUGUAACGAGCUGGCGAAAGCACCGUGGCAGCGCGAGCAGUCCGAAGCAUUGCCGCUGUUACAUCCUGAUGGAUCGGAGAAGAAGCCUGAGCUGCCCGCCCAAAACCACAAACCGACUCGCAUCUCCACGAUAGAUGAGCCGCCCGAAUCCGAAGGCGAGGCUGAGUAUCAGGAUUGGUCGUCCUCACCCGAGCAGCAUGAACUUCCGAUUGCCACGCCGACUCAAACGAAGUCACCCCAGAAUGAUGAGGCGGUUCCAGUCACUACAAGGGUCACGGAAGAAGAAAAGCCAACGAUCGGUCCCAAGAAGCAGAAGACGGCUGCUCCCGUCCAGGAAUUUCAAGCUGCCACGCCGAACGUUCCCGCUCAAACGCUCCCGAACGAGUCGUUGCGCAAGCAUCCCUCCGCUGUCGGUGAGGAGAAAUCGCAUAUUGUCGCGGAGAAGAACACAGCAACCUUUGGCUCGUCUAUCACCGAAACAGUACCGACUAACAGGGAUGAGAGCGUCGCAGUUGAGCCGGAAGAGGUGCCGAUUCCUCCAACAAGCCAAAAAGAGAGAUCACCGAAGACAGAGGCUGCAUCUCCAAUCAAGUCUCCAAGGGAGCGAACCCCGAUCAAGCUGCGCGUUGAUCCCAAGAUGUUGACACCACCGAAACCUGCACGCCGGGCACUUCGCGAUCGCUCGACACCAUCAGAAGCUACCGUCGAAAUUCCGGUAGUGGCGUCAACGAGCACCGCAAAGCCAGUCGACAACUUCGACCCUUAUGGCUUUGAGGAGGAGGCCGAAGAAAGUGAGAUGUCGUUGAAAUCGUCGCGUAACCAGCGCAAGCGCCCUUCCACCACCCCUGCGAAGAAGCCGGCAAAGUUCACGAAACUCGAUCCGCCUCCCGGACGGGCAAGAUUCAUCGUCACUGGAGUCGCUGACGGGCCAUGUCCAAAAAUCGAGAUGCGGAACCGCUUCGGCGAUGGCUACGACCCGGCUAUCCAGGACCUGGUCGCGCUGAACGAAUACAGCCAGUGGACCCCGCAUUGUUUUAAACCGAGCGAGUACGCCCAAUACGAUGGUAAGGGAGGUGGCGACCUCGUCAGGAUCUUCCCCUAUUCGCUGCACUUCCCGAUCGCCUACCAGCCGUCCCAAAGCUACGAGCAAAUGAAGGCCUUCUAUCAACAACUCGGCGAUGUCGAACUCUUAAAAAGCAAUAACCUGGAGGAUUUCCCAUCUCUCGAGCCAGAAUCGCCGCGACCCGCCUUCGAACUCGAGCUCGACGGUGACCAAUUGAGUUUCGUUUUCCUCGGCUCUGGAGUGGCGGCUCAAAUCAAGGAAAAGGAAUACCGUGUGGACCUGGCUGCUGAUCGUAACCCGCUAAAUCUUCGUCACGGAGAUUUGGUGUGGGCACCAUGGAACAAAAAGGGGAAGAAGGAAUAUUGGCCUGCCUACAUCUACAAUUUUCAAGUACUCGAUCUAAACGCCGUGUCGACGGGCCCUGACGAUACCCGCCAUUUCGAAGACGGUGAAGUUAUCAAAGUAGUACUUGCCUGGAUGUCUGACAUUGACCAAUACGACUUCGGAUUCGCGUUUUACAAGGACAUUCGGCCCUUCGAUACUGCUUUCUCAUUCUAUUACGAUCCGGCGGGCAAAGUGGAGUGCUGGUUCGCCCAUGUUGCCCAGGCCAUUACGGCGGCCGGAAAAGUUGGCUAUUGGGAAGACAAAGUAUCGGACAAAGUCCUGAAGCGACUCGCCAAGAUGCCCCAAGCCAAACCACUGCUGGCCAACGUAAAAAGUAGCGCGGAAGGCAGAAAGGCCAAGCCAAUGCAGAAAAAGGAGCGGUCGGCGUUGGCAAGGACGCUCACGAAGUGCUACGCUAUGGCGUUUGCGAAGAAGCAUGGAACAACUCCGGACGAAGCCACUCUUAAG